AAAGGGCACAACUUCUCUCGAGGCCCAGACUUGCCUUACUUCUUUGUCCCAGCGAAACAAAGCCAUUCCCGUUUCGGCAGGUUCUCAUCUUUUUAACUGCUUUGGGGAUCUACCAGCUAAUUGAUCUGUACUGCGCUUUGCUGCUGCUUACUGGUUAGCAUUGGAUGCUGCUGCUUGCUGCCAAGGUGCCUAAGCCUUUUAUUUCUUAACUCUCUCUCCCCCCCCCUUUUCUUUACUGCUUCUUCUUCUUUCUUUCGUCUACCCUCUCAUCCACACACAUCUUCUUUUUGUAUAUCAACACACACAUCAAAAACCAUGAGUAUGCGACGAGGCACGGUGCGACGAGGUCCUACGAUGCGGGGUCGAGGCGGCUACCGUCCACCCAUUGGGCGUCAAAGUAUUAUUCGUAGCAACAACAACAACAACAGCGACGACGACGAAGAGUUUAUGGCCCUGAAUCGUGCCGACAAUGAUGUCGAGAUGGAACAAAUCGAGUUUAGCGAUGAGCAAAAGAGUAGCGGUAAUAGAACCAGUAUGUCGGAACGGCCUCUCUAUCAUCACGGCGACGAAACGUUUGGCGACGUGAUCAGUCACCCUAUCGAGCAGCUCCACGCCCACCGAGCCCGUAGAGAAACUUUCAAGCACGAUAUGCAAGCAUGGCGACAAAGUGUCCCACCAGGUGCUCCACCACCUCCCGAAGAAGAGGAAGAUUACGUUGUUGUUGUUCACUUUCGACAGUUACGCGGUAACCAAAGCUUCGCUUUAAAUCACGAGAAGGCUGAGGUGUUUGCGCGCAAGAUCAAGUUGACACCACAAGAGCGAAUCAAAUUUAAUGGCGUGCACGAUACUGACGGUCUGACAGCAUUCCUGUACAAAUCAAAACGCGAGUUCUCUAUCAAAAUUCACCACCACAAGUCCGAAUUCUCCUCAAAUCACCACGCGUCCGAGCAUUUCCAUGACUUGUCAAACCUUGAGCACAACCCUGAAAACUAUACAAUCGAAUUCAACGAAAACGUCUAUGUCGAAUUUAAGCCCAAGCGACACCAAUUCCAUGAUAUACUUCCUCCCGAGGCCACUCGACGGCCGUUCUUCCAACACCCCGAACCUGAUCUGAGUGCUGAUAUUGGCCAAGAAAAAGCCGCAUCGUGGCUCGAAUUGUUCUAUGAUCUGUUCUACAUUGCCACUCUUACUGAGUUCACACACAACCAUGUCAUCAAGGACUGGGCUUCGCUUGGAACAUAUACCCAAUGGUUUAUCAUCACCUGGUGGGCCUGGACAGCAAGCUCACUUUAUACGGCGCGAUUUGACACCGAUGAUGUUGUACAUCACAUCUGGAAAUUAAUUGAGAUGUGUGCAGUCAUUGCUAUGGCAGGCACGGCGGAACAUUUCUAUAGCUCACCAGCAUACGUCUAUGGCUACAUCGCACUCAAGGGCGUGCUCGUAUGCGAGUAUUCUAUAGUCUUUAUUGUGGCUCUGUUGGCCAGAUCCAAAUCCCGAAUCGCACUAGCUUUCUAUAUUGGCGCCAAUUUGAUCUCGAUCACGCUCUGGGCUGCCUCUCUGGCAAUUCUCGAUCAAGGCACACAUCGUAUUCUAUGGUAUCUCGGUAUUCUCACUGAACUUGUCGUCAAUGUCAUUAGUCGAAGCGACAAGGCCUUGUCUUGGGCUGCCAGCAACUUGGCCGAACGUUUGGGUUUAUUGACUUUGAUCGUUUUGGGAGAGAACUUGAUGGGUCUGAUUGCACUGGUGGCAAAGUCAGGCAUGAAUCCUUUGGUCGUAUUCCCAAACUUUAUGGCUGUCGUCAUCAUCUUCGGCUUCUUUUUCAUGUACUUUGAGGACUUCACCAAAGAGGUCUUUUUGGUCAACAAGCACCAUCAAGUCUGGGUCUACUUGCAUUUCCCUCUGCAUUUGUGUCAAGUCGCCUUUGGUAUUGCUUUAAUCGAUGUAUUGAAGGUAUAUCGAGGACAAAUGAUUGCUGCCGGUGUUAUUACCGAGGAAGAGGACCCAACUGAAAGUGAAAGUCAUGGUACAGAAGCAUCAGGCACUGAAAGCCAUGGAGCUACUGAAAGUAGUGGCACUAGCAGUGGGGACCAUGCCACAGAGAGCAGCGGCAGUACUAGUGACAGUACAGAAGCAGCAGCCCAUCGACGCGCAAGACGUGCCAUCGAAUCCGUAUACCCAUCAUUAUCAAACAACAAUAACGACAGCGAUGACACAACAACUCCUUCAUUCGAUCCAUUGGACAGCGAGCCUGCCAAGCUGAAACUCGACACCAUCUCAUCUUCAUCUUCAUCAUCAUUAUCCUCAUCCAAUAACAAACAACACCAUAUUGGUGGCUAUUUGACACUCUUCCAAUAUGCCAUCAGUGCUACUGCAUUAACAGCCUUACAAGCUCUCGAUAUUGCCAGCAGUCCAUUAUUAUCAUCAUCAUCCACAACAGAAGAGCCCACCAACAUUAGCAGCACCACCACUAAUUACCAUCAUUUCGCUAAACGAGCAGGAGGGGCUUUGGAUGUCAGCUUUACGGAUGAGGAGAAGGUGUUUAUAUAUAAGGUGUUUUUGAUCUGUGGUGGCUUGAUCCUUACCAUCAACUCGUUGAUCAAGAUGUUAAACACAAAAUUAGCUGACAAAUUCGGUAAAAUUAUCAUUGCAUCUCGUAUCAUCAACGCCAUCGUUUUAUGGAGCAUGUGUGCAUUACCGUUUUCCCAAUUGGAUGCUAUUGUACUCUUGUCUGUUAUGAUGGGAUCACUUAUUCUACAAGCUAUUGUGGACUUAUUAGAUUAAAAUUUCAAGUUGUAAAGUUUAUUUUUUUUUCUUACCCCCUCUAUUUGAAAAUGAUAUAAAAACAUAUACAGGGCUGUUUGCUUUCCUCACUGUUACCGUACUCUAUGGGUGGUAUAGCAUAUGACGCGGUAUUAAUUGUCUUAUU